AUGUCUGCUAUAAGCCAUCCACGCCCGCUCGCCUUCAUUCUCAACAAUCCGCUCUUGACGACCACCAGUCUUUCUUCCGCAUCUUCCGAGUCCGACACCUUCACCUCAACCACCACCAUGAGCUCUGGAGGCCACGCACACGCACGCGAGCCCGCGCAAAAGCCACUUCCCUUCCUUGCGAUCCCCACGCGGGCGGGAGCCCAAAGCGGCGUCGCGGCCAGGAGGACGUCCGCCCAGGCACGAUCCCGACAUGGGAGUACGCCUGCAGCAGCAACGCGACCCAGUGACGCACCCAAGGACCCCCUCACAGAGCGGUGUCGGGAAGGAGCCCGUAUCCGCCCGAAGGACGUGCCGUUGCCGGGAUCGGGCUCGAAACAAGGCGAGGGCGGGGGCGCGGUGAUGACCGCGGCGCAUGAGCGGGAUUCUGACGACGAUGCAGGGAAAGGGCUCGGACAGUCACAAGGCUCGUCGGACCACGUCGACCAGCCGCCGCAGAUGGGUAGGACCAACGACCAAGGGGACGCCGCGUAUUCAAAGCAUUCGGAGUACGCGGAGAGCACGACCGGCUAA